UUACAAAUUUAUCCAAUUGUGAAACUAUAUUUUGCUCAAGUAGGCCAUCAAUCAGCCAAAAGCAAUUGUUGUAUUUCUUUUCUUCACUUAAAUUCAGUCAAAAACCAGUAUCAUUUCGUUUUGUACUGCACAGUCUAAGCAACCCAAAAACCAAUCUGUGAGGCAAGCUGAAAUCAGACUUUGCAUGUAGUUUGAGUGUCUCCUAUCAUUUUCCUAAUGAAAAUGAGGAAGUUAGCUCACAUGCACUGUUUUCACAAAGAGAGUUGCUGUCGAUUUGCCUAAGAUGGACUGAAGCUCCCUGUUUUCCAGUCUACGAAGUCUUGGCUGGAAGUGAAGUUUGCUCGUUUUCGCUCUUCCCACGAUGCCUUUCCUAAAGCAAUUCUGCAUUUAUUGCUGGAUUUCAGGGACUUUUCUCUUAUCCGCUCACGCCGUGUCCCUGACGACAUCCCGAGAUGUAUCAGACGACCGAUAUAUCAACGAGGCCAUUUUUCAGAACGUAUCGUACGAAUUCGUCGCAAACCCACAGUCAUGGGGACGGGCGAAUGAAAUCUGCGAGACUCAAGGAGGGAAACUUCUGAAGUAUCUGGACUGUGAGAUCAAGGAUUUCUUUUCCAAAGUGUUGAAAGACGUCCAGACCACAGCUCCAGGCUUUUGGGUCGGUGAAGGUUUGACAGGAUCUUACGCUGAAUGUGUUAUUCAGGCAAUGCCCACUGCUCAACCUGCUGAUAGACCCAGUCCACCUUUUUGCACCUACGCGAUAAUGGAGCCAUUACAGCUGGUGACCACGCCCUACUGCAAUAUGACCUUGGGUUACCUGUGUACUCACGAUUCCCAAGCAGAUGAAGAUGAAAAUAUGCAAGAGCAGAGGAGCAUCCGGGUCCGGAGGAGCACGGAUAACACGAUAAUUGAAUGGUUAACACAAAUGGAUUCAUCAACAUCGGACUUGCAAGCUCUCUUCGAUCUCGCUAAGAACAUAUUAGUCAAAAUUGCGAACGAACCGGUGGAGAUAACGCAUGAUUCAAAGAAGAAAUACCUAAACAGUAUACUAAAAGCCAUGAAGAUACUUACAAAAAUAGAUGACCAGAGCAAGAGCCUCACUAUUAAUUGUACCGGAGGCAUCAUUUUGUACACCAUCGAGCAGUGUGGACCAGAUGACAGCCCAGAAUAUCUUGAGGAGCUGCUUAUUCUGGCUGUCCAGAUUUAUCAGGAGAUAAAUAUACUGACAAAGCAAGACACUGGUAUUAUAUAUGUCUUGGAUUUUGUAUCAGGCACGCUUUUUGCAACCAAACAGAACCCAGAAAAUAUGGAAAACUUGUCGCUUGGGAGUACGGACACGAGUGUUGUCCAGUUUCCCUCUUUGGAUACAUUUAAGUCACAGCUGCCGAACAGCCCUAUCGACGUUCAGAUGUUCAGUUAUAAUACAAACCCAAUGGCUGCGGAAUCAAACUUUAGCCUGACUGGCACUAUCUGCAGCCUCUCACUCUCGGAUGGGCAGUCUAAUGUCAAACUCAGCAAUCUGUCAAGUUUCAUCGAGAUAUUUCUCCCACGUCCUGGAGCCACUGAGCCAGCAAUUGCAAGCAUGCCUGUGAAAUAUGGGUUUGCUCUCAUCACAUCCUUCAACAUCACUGAUCCAAACUCAACUGUCCUUGUAACUGCAGUACCAGAUCAAAAUGUCUCUCUUCUGUUGCUCCUGUCUUCCACUUACCAAUCAAACAAUCUCAGUCAGCGCACCAUCCUGACUGGCCAUGGCGAUAAUUAUCGCUGGCUCAUCCACCCCGAGAUGCUGAACGGUACUACUAACGGGACCAUGUAUGUGAACAUAACCGUGUUCAACUACACGUCAAGCCGUCCUGUGACCGUCAAUGUCACGCUUAUGAACUUUAAGUGCGUGUACUGGGAUGUAAACCAAAAUGAUUGGAGCAGAGAUGGCUGCUGGGUUGGUCCUAAAACACUACCGAACAUGACUCACUGCUUGUGUAACCACAACACUUUCUACGGGAGCUCCUUCUUCGUGAUGCCCAAUCCGAUAGACCUGUCAAAAACAGCUGCGCUCUUCGCCACCAUCAAUCAGAAUUAUGUGGUUGCCUCUGUCCUAGGUGCUUUCUUUUUCCUCUAUCUGAUCCUUGUGGCCUGGGCACGGUAUGCUGACAAAAAAGCACAGAGAACGCGCAAGGUAAUGCUGCUGGAGGACAAUCAUCCAUGUGCUCAUUAUAACUACCUGCUGAAUAUACAGACAGGAAACCGGAAGCAAGCAGGAACCACGGCCAAGGUUAUGAUGACUGUAGAGGGCACAGAUGGCGAGACCGACAUCCAUAACUUAGCUUACCCAGACCAGCCUGCAUUUGAGAAAGGAGGAGUGGACAUGUUCAUGCUGAGCACUCCGUUCCCUCUGGGAGAGCUGCAGAACAUUAAACUGUGGCAUGACAACACUGGAGGAAGUCCAGACUGGUACCUGCAGAAGGUGACAGUGCAGGACUUGCAGACUCGUCAGGUCUGGCACUUCCUGUGUAAUACCUGGCUAAAGGGCAACGGCGACACACCUUGUAAAAGAACCUUCAAUCCUGCAAAGAAGAACGAGAUCACCAGUUUUGGCAAUUUAUUCCACGCGCGGACAUCCACUGGGUUCCGAGACGAGCACAUUUGGAUGUCUAUCGUGAAUCCUCCACGCCACAGCCCGUUCAGCCGAGUGCAGCGAGUCUCCUGCUGUAUGUGCCUGCUCCUGUGCACCAUGGUCAUCAACAUCAUGUUCUGGAACAUUCCCAAAGAUGGAGAGUCUCCUGUCAUCGUUAAGUUAGGGUCCUUUGAACUCACCUGGCAACAGAUCAUGAUCGCGGUGGAAAGCGCCCUGCUCAUGUUCCCGAUUAACAUCCUCAUUGUCACCAUAUUCCGCAGCAUACAACCGCGAGUGCAAAAAGAAGACGAGGACAAGGCCAAGAUCAACAACAGCAGCAAAUCUUCCGCUGCUUCCAUGCAGACUAUCCUCAAGGUCCUCAAGUCAAAUAGCUCUGAAAUAUUGUCAUUGCUCUGCUCUCCGUAA